GUGCAACUACAACUGCCGAUCCGUCAUGUUUGUUUACCAAAUGCCGACGAAUUUUCACCGCUGACCAGUUGAUCGCUAUAACGACGGCUCUUACGUACGCGAUCGCUGUGGACUGUAUCCUUGAGGAAAUCAUUUACCUUUCUGGCAACCCAAACGAUUGGUGUGUUGCUAGGGCUCCGAAUUGCUGUGGUCAUUGUCGAUAAAGUUGUUUGUAAUUAACAAAAAAGAGUUUGGGUGUCCAGGUCUUUAGGGUUUGCUCAUUGACUCCUGAUGCAUGGGAACCAGAGCAAGUCAAGUUAAUGACAGAAUUGGGAAAUGAAUUGGUCAACGGAAUUCUUGAAGCAAAAGUCAAUUCCCAUACAAAUAAACCAACUCCUCAAAGUAGCAGGUUCACAACUGCACUGAUUAGACUGAGCACUAAAGAAAAUGAAAUAAGAAGCUUAAAAUCCUACUUUGUUUAAAUGUGGCUGAUUUUGCCCAAAACUUUCAUAAAAUUCUGCUGAUCAAGCUUUGCAGUGGAAUGGUAGAGACAGGGAAACAGUUCAACUCAUCCACCAGUGCUUUAGUGAGUGGUAUUGACAACCUGACAAAGUACUUUGCAGGAGAUGAGCUGGUGUCAUUCACACUGGACAAGUUCUCUUGUGCUCUGACUGAGCUUCAGAGCUUCCUAUCAAUUCUUUUAGAGCAAGCACAAAAAUCAAUCUCAAGCACACUGAGAACUUUUAUCAAAGAGGAAGUCAAGAAGGUUAAGGAUGCUAAAAAGCUGUUUGACAAAGUCAGUGAUGAUUUGGAUAAUGCCUUGACAAGAAAUGCACAGCUUCCACAUCACUGUAAGGCCUCUGAAGUGGAGGAGGUUAAGAAUGCAGUGAAAGCUAAUCAGACAUGUUUUAACCACACAGCAUUGGACUAUGCCUUCCAGAUCAACAUUUUACAGUCACGAAGAAGGAUUGAUGUUCUAGACACUAUUCUGAAGUUUAUGCAUGCCCAGUCAACAUAUUUUCAUCAAGGUUAUGAUUUGAUGAAUGAUUUAGAUGCAUACAUGAAGAGGGUGUCAAAUCAGGUGGAAGAAGUGUCAGUCCAGUUUACAAUGGACAAAAAAGAGAUGGAAGAAAGACACACAUUGGUCCAGAAAAUGGAGGAGAGUGGAUGCAUAGGAAGAAGAAACCUGAAUGAUGCAAGUGGUUUAGUAAUGGAAGGCUACUUAUUUAAAAAAAGCAGUAAUGCUUUUAGAAGUUGGCAUAGGCGAUAUUUCACAGUUCAGAAUAACCAACUGAUGUAUCAGAAGAGAUUAAAGGAUGAUCAAACAGUACUUGUUGAAGAUCUUCGAUUGUGUAAAGUUAGGCUUGCAGAGGAAACAGUGGAAAGAAGAUUUAUGUUUGAAGUGGUAUCACCAACAAAAUCAUGGUAUUUACAAGCAGAUAGUGAAGCACUGCAAGUGGAAUGGAUGGAAGCUAUGCAGGCCAGUAUUGACAAGGCUUUCAAUAGCUCAACCAGUAUUCAAAGUAACAAUGAUAAGAGUGAUUUACAAGGGCCAGGCUCUAUGAGCAACAGUAUGGAUUCUCUCAACAAAGUUUCUGGACCAUCAAGGUUUGAUUGUCUUGCUUUUUGCAUACUGUUGCUGGAGAUUUCUUUGAUGCAGUUAAAAGCAAUUUAA